CGGUAGCGCGAGCGCGAGUGCGAUCCAGGAGGGAUCGCUUCCGAAAUUCCGUGUCGCGAUCGGUUAGAGCUCCGGCUGGAGGAUUUUUCUUGAGAGAUUGCAAGGGUUUGCGAGCAGCGCCAAUGCCAGUUCCGAGGCGAUCGGAGCUAUAUUACGCGUCGGAUUCGCCGUCGCCCACUCCCAAUGCCGCUGGCAGCGACGACUCCCCUGUUUCCGUGGCAGGGAACUCGCAAUUCCUCUCCAGCAGCGACUGUAGCAGCAAUGGGGAGUGCUGCUCGUCUGGAAUGGCGCCGUGGAAGCUUGACGAGGUGGAUCCACUAGGGGGGCGCAGCACCGACAAGGAGAUGAUUCCAAUGACGCAGAUAUUCAUGGAUCGGGCCGGCAACGACCAUCGUGGUUUCACGCAUCGUGGACGCCUGGUGUAUACUCGAGCUCCAGCGCAAAAGGCGCUAAAUUGUCCGGCGAAAUUGAAGAAGAACAAGCAGCUAAACGCGGAAGAGGUGCUCCAGCCGAAGCCGAUCGAGCAGAGUGUGAGAGAUGAGCCGGAUCUAUCGAUGAAGCUCAACAAGGUGGAACUCCUAAAGCUCCAGAGCCAGGUGGAGGAGCUCAAGCUAAAGGUACGAGACAAGGAGGGAUUGCUCCAAUCCAUCAAGCAGUCGGCGCAGUCGGACAUCAAACUCCUGGAAGAGGCCGAGAUCUCGGAUCUUCGGAACAAGGUCGACUUCCUCCACACGGAAUUGCUAAGGAGGGAUUUUCUCCUGCAUUCGCUCCAGCACCAACUCUCCGAGAAACACGUGGAGAUGGGAAACAUGAAACUCUUGAUCCAGGGGUUGCAGAACGAGUUGGCAAAACGAGAACACAAGCACUCGCAGAUGGAAAGCGACAUGGAUGAUCUCCGGUUUGAGGUAGCAGCGCUCAGAUAUGAGAACCAAAUAGCGGGAAGUCCACAUUUUGUGCCACAACCGGAUCAGAUGAUGAUCAUGAGCUGCGAGAGCAUGGAAGAAACGAGAGACAGAUACCUUGCGGCUGUCUUGGCAGCGAAAAACAAACCCGCAGAGGAAUCAAUAGCGCUAGCUGCCGAAUUGAGACACCAGUUGCGAGGCUUUGUCACGCUGCCACACGUAUUUCACGAAUGAAAGGUGACGCCUUCCUCCUUUGUUUGAGUUGCCCGAGGUAAGCUCGUACUUUGUUAAGAUUUUUCUUUCUUUUCUUGACACCACUGAGAAUGCUUUGCAGCGACGGGAAGAGCAAAGCAAAUCACGGAACCAGUUUUCUAGUUUCGGAAAAGAAUCAAAGAAUUGUCGACA